AUGCCAGCCAUCCGCCCAUCCUCCAAGCGCAAGCCCCCGCCGGACGGCUUCAGCGACAUCGAGGAGGACCUGCUGAUCUUCAGCAACAAGAUGAAGGACGCGCAGAGCACGCCCACCGAUAACAUACCCAAGCACCAGGCGCAGUGGCCCAUCUUCCAGAUCGCCCACCAGCGCAGCCGCUACGUGUACGAGCUGUACUACGAGAAGGAGGCCAUCAGCAAGCAACUGUACGAGUGGCUGCUCAAGAACGGCUACGCCGACGCCAUGCUCAUCGCCAAGUGGAAGAAGCAGGGCUACGAGAAGCUCUGCUGCCUGCGCUGCAUCCAGACCAAGGAGACGAAUUUCAACUCGACGUGCAUCUGCCGCGUGCCCCGCGCGCAGCUCAAGGAGGACCAGGAGAUCCAGUGUGUUAGCUGCGGGUGCAGGGGCUGCGCUUCGACGGACUGA